AUGGGUCUAGUCAGGGUGGUGUAUGACAGCAGAUGGCUGUUUGUGGUAGCUGGCCUGCUCGGUUACGUUGCCUACAAGGUCCACGUCUACAACCGGCUCAAGGCAUUCAAGGGACCGUUCAGCUCUGGCUGGUUUGAGUUCUGGCACUCGUACGCAAUUAUCGGCGACAACCAGCACCUCAAGUACAAGGAGGUCUGCGAGAAAUAUGGACCCAUCGCUCGGAUUGGCCCUAACGACCUCAUCACAAGCUCUCGGGACGUGCUAACCCACAUGAGCGCCGUCCGGUCCCCGUACUCGCGCGUCGCUUGGUUCCAUCGGUCGUUCCGGUCCGGGCCAGAGAAGAACAACCUCUUUAGCGAGACCAACGAGGAGGUGCACACGCGAAGGAGACAGCAGCUGGCGCCGGGAUACUCGGGCCGGGAGAACGCCGAACUCGAAGGCACGAUCGACGUGUACGUAGCCAAACUGGUCCACCUGAUCCGCAGCAAAUACCUCUCCACGGCCGCCCGCUCGCGCGCGUUCGACCUCGGCGACCGGAUCCAGUUCUUCGCGCUGGACGUGAUCAACGCGAUCGCGCUGGGCGAGUCGCUCGGCGACCUGGACGCCGACGCCGACCAGCACGGCUACAUGCGGUCGGUCGAGACGGGCAUCAAGAUCAGCCGCGUGUGCACGGCGCUCGGCAUCCUGCCGCUGCUGCAGUCCCCUGUGAUCGCGCGCCGCUUCGCGCCCUCGGAGAAGGACGACGCCGGCUUCGGGCGCGUCAUGCGCCACGCGCGCGCGCGCAUCCUCGCCCGCCUCGAGCAGGGCACCGAGCACCGGUCCGACAUGCUCGCGUCGUUUGUGAGGCACGGCCUGGGCACCGAGGAGCUCGUCGCCGAGUCCAUCCUGCAGAUGAUCGCCGGCUCCGACACCUCGUCCACGGCGAUCCGCUGCGCCAUGCUGUACGUCAUGACCCACCCGCCCGUGUACGCGCGUCUGCAGGCCGAGGUCGACGCUGCCGCGGCCGGGGGCAGCGUGCCGCCCGUCCCCGGGGUCGUGUCGGAUGCGGUGGUGAAGGGCCUGCCGUACCUGCAGGCCGUCGUCAAGGAGGCCAUGCGCGUGCACCCGCCGACCACGGGGCUGUUCCCCAAGCGGGUGCCGCCCGGCGGCGAUACGGUCGUGGUCGACGGCAAGCCGGUCUUCUUGCCUGGCGGCGCCAACGUCAGUUAUGCUUACUACGCCACCCACCACGACAAGCAGCUGUUUGGCGAAGAUGCCGAGGACUUCCGUCCGGAGCGCUGGCUGCUGGAGAAAGACGAGACCAAGUUGGCGGCUAUGCUCAAGACGCACGAGCUCAUCUUUGGCUAUGGCAGGUACCAGUGUCUGGGGAAGCCGAUUGCGCUGAUGGAGAUUGCUAAGGUCGUGUUUGAGGUGAGUUGA